CACUGGCAAGGGCCCAUUUGCGAAGCGAUUUCCACUGAGAGCCUUCUGGACCCGCAGCGUGACACCGCGUCUCAUUUCCCAUCCCGGAUCACUCAGGUCUACCCCCAGGCAUGAGGGUGGCAUUGGAGGUGUCUUAGCGACAACUGUCCAGGGGUGCUGUGGGCACUGGGACACGGCCAACUUCAUUGCCCACCCCUUGGGUGUUUCCAUGCACUCAAGGUCAUCCUGUGCCUCAAUACUCCUCGUCGUCCCUUUCUGGACCUGCGGCCGCCGUUUGCAGCCCGCGGGGCCUGGAGGAGCGGGGGGACACCACCUGCGGAGACCUGUCACCGCGAAUAGGCGCUGUAAUGAAUGCGCUCUAAUUCGGUCUCACCCCCAGGCCGUGUGACAAGCAGCGGCCAAUCCACGACAAAAGCGGGCUCCAAAAAACAUAAUAAUAACCAGUUUCCUGCUUCCGCCGCUGUUCCUCUUCCGGCGGAAGUCUGCCAGCCUGGUACCGGGCGUACCCACUACACGGGAGGCCCGGAGUCUGACCAUCUGGUCCCGGCCCGUGCCCACUACGCCCCCGCGGCGGAGUAGCCCGAUCCCCGCGCGCCGCCAAGAGCCUGAUCCAAGGCGCUGCCGCCCGCACCAUGGCCGCCCCAGACUUGUCCACCAACCUCCAGGAGGAGGCCACCUGUGCCAUCUGCCUCGAUUACUUCACCGACCCGGUGAUGACCGACUGCGGUCACAACUUCUGCCGCGAGUGCAUCCGACGUUGCUGGGGCCAGCCCGAGGGCCCGUACGCGUGCCCCGAGUGCCGCGAGCUGUCGGCGCAGAGGAACCUGCGACCCAACCGACCGCUCGCCAAAAUGGCAGAAAUGGCCCGGCGCCUGCACCCGCCGUCGCCCGUCCCGCAGGGCGUGUGCGCGGCGCACCGCGAGCCGCUGGCCACCUUCUGCGGCGACGACCUCUGCCUUCUGUGUCCCACCUGCGAGCGCUCGGAGCACUGGGCUCACCGCGUACGGCCGCUGCAGGAUGCGGCCGAAGACCUCAAGGGGAGGCUGGAGAAGUCACUGGAGCACCUGCGGAAACAAAUGGAGGAUGCGACGCUGUUCCAAGCCCAGGCUGAGGAGACCUGUGCCUUGUGGCAGAAGAUGGUGGAGAGCCAGCGGCAGAAUGUGCUGGGUGAGUUUGAGAGGCUGCGCCGCCUGUUGGCGGAGGAGGAGCAGCAGCUGCUGCAGAAGCUGGAGGAAGAGGAGCUGGAGGUGCUGCCGCGGCUGCGCGAAGGCGCCACGAGACUUGGCCAGCAAAGCGCGCAGCUGGGAGCCCUCAUCUCAGAGCUUGAAAACCGCUGCCAGCUGCCAGCGCUGGGGUUGUUGCAGGACAUUAAGGACGCCCUGUGCAGGGUACAGGAUGUGAAGCUGCAGCCUCCAGAGGUGGUGCCCAUGGAGCUGAGGACCGUGUGCCGGGUCCCAGGGCUGGUGGAGACCCUGCGGAAGUUCCAAGGGGACAUAACCCUGGAUCCAGACACUGCCAACCCAGAGCUGGUCUUGUCUGAGGACCGGAGGAGUGUGCAGCGUGGUGACCAGCGGCAGGCCCUGCCUGACAGCCCAGAGCGUUUUGACCCAGGCCCCUGCGUGCUAGGCCAGGAGCGCAUCACCUCUGGCCGCCACUACUGGGAGGUAGAAGUCGGGGACCGUACCAGCUGGGCGCUUGGCGUGUGCAAAGAAAAUGUCAACAGGAAGGAAAAGGGGGAGCUGUCAGCUGGCAACGGGUUCUGGAUCCUGGUGUUCCUGGGGAGUUUCUAUAAUUCCACUGAGCGGGCCUUCUCCCCACUCCGGGACCCUCCCAAGCGCGUGGGGAUCUUCCUGGACUAUGAAGCUGGUCAUCUCUCAUUCUACAGUGCCACAGAUGGGUCGUUGCUGUUUAUCUUCCCUGAGACCCCCUUCUCAGGUACACUCCGGCCCCUCUUCUCACCUUUGUCCAGCAGCCCGACCCCUAUGACCAUCUGCAGGCUGAUAGGUGUACCUGGGGACACCCUUGGUCCUCAGUGACCCGGACCCUCUACAGGGUCCUCUGAUGGUCCCUUGUCCUGACCAUGCAGAGGCCCAGGAGCCAGAUGGUGUCCUGUGAGCAUUAGGAGAAGCACAUAGUGCCUUUCUGACCACACGUGGGAAACCCAAGUUCUCAGUCUCAGAGACAUAAUAAUGUGAGUGGGAGUAUGCUGGACUGGGCUCUGUCCUCAUGUUGGGGAUCCUCUCUGCCACUGAUGUCACUUAGUGCCAAAAGCCCUCACCAAAGCACUAAGUCCCAUGUGCCACCAGCACCUCUGACCCGAGGUUCCAGUGAUGCGACAGGCCUUUCCAGAAGUAAUCCAGGCCUGUCCACACUGCUGUGCCAACAAGCACACCACGCUAUCCCUGAAGUGAAACCCGGUAAGGUUAGGUAGGGAGUCGGCUUCAAGCCCACCAGCGUCUCAGGAUUUGGUCCAGUAAAUGGGAGGGCUGCUCAGAGUCCUUACCAUGUGGGUGUGGCUACUGUGGAGGAUUAGAGAGCAGCACCCUGGCCCCAGAGGUGAAACAGUCUAGGGGCUGAGUCCUAAAUGUGUAUUCUACAUGUGUAUUCGGCACAUACGGGGUCCAGAAACAGGACUCAGAAAUGGCACUUGAACAUACCCUUCUGUUCUGAGACCUGUCUGGUUUGCCUUCAAAGGGGCUUCCCUGGUGUCUGGCUAGCUUGGGUACACUGCCUGUGGUUGCCUGCCUUGCAGAGACAACUGCACAGUCCCGAGUGUACAGGACCCAGCAAUGGCUGCUUUUGCAGUACACUUCCGGGAGUUUUAUCUUUUAUUUAUUGAAAGAGACACAUUGAAAUAAACUGUCAUCUGGAA